AUGGAUCUGUUCCCAUUAACACAAAAACAAACCCCGCCCCUUCACAACAAGAUGACCACGGUACUACUGACACUACCCACAGAAUUGAUCCAGAAGAUAUUGAAAUUCGUCGAUCAAGAAACCUUAGUGUCCUGGCGCAACAAGGUUUCUCCGGAAUUUAAUAAACUAGUUGAUUUACAAUUAUUUGCCAAUGUUUCUUUGAAACCCAGAAAACCAACCGACUGGAACCCAGUACGCGAUCUCGAUGAUUUGUUUUUCCGAGACAAAUGGGGUGAUAUGGCGUUCAUCGAUGGGAAGAACGCCGAAGUAAUUUAUGACCUUGCGGAAAAAUUCAAAGAGUUGCUGAUUUUCCUGCUUGACCCCGAGGAACCAUCACAUGCCAAAUCUGUUGCAGAACUAAUUUCCAAGGCGAGUAAUUUGCGAUCAUUAUUUUUGAAUUGCACCGAGGUUGAGCUUCGAUUGAAUGAUUCGUGCCCGUUGAGAAACUUAAAAUUAAGUAUCAAUGAGAAGACCAGUUUUGAUAACAUGAAUUUCAAUUUCGACAAUUUGGAAAGUCUUUCAUUGGACCUGUACGACAACAUGAUCAAUUCAUCAUCACUUUUGAAGCACAAGGUUUUUCCAAAUUUGAAAACCUUCCAAAGUUAUUACUUGAGUGAUGUUUACGAUGGGAAACAAUUGCACAUGCCUAACCUCAAAAUUUUCACCAUGUAUGGAGAAGGAGUUAUCACUCUCAAGAACUUCACCCGUGACUAUUUCCCCAAUUUGGAAGAAAUUUCCGGUCUGCCUGAUGGCUGCUGCUAUGAUGAAAGUUGUUUGACAAUGGAUUUCGAAGGAGUUUAUGAUAUUCCUAGUCUUAGAAUUAUUUCCACUGUGGGGAAAAUAAUAAAUUGUUCUCCUGUCAGCAGAUUUGAAGGGUUGAAGGAGUUUGAUGUAUCAUUUUCUGGCUUCGAAAACAUACCAGACUUCAUGGACGAGAGCUCCGAGGCACCGAAAUUGAUUGAUUUGGCGUUGUGCGUAUCUGAAAUCUCAAAAAUGGAAAAUUUGGAGAGUUUGAUCUAUUUAGAGAAUUUGAAUUUAGAAGAAGCUCACCUCAAAAAAAUACAGAACUUGGAAAACUUGACCAGAUUGAAAACAUUAUUACUCGUCACUAAUGAGAUUACCAAAAUAGAAUGCCUUGAAAACUUAACAAUGUUGAAAUCAUUAUUACUUGCUGGUAAUAAGAUUACCAAAAUAGAAGGCCUUGAAACAUUAGUUAAUCUUGAAAAGUUACAGCUCGGUGCGAAUAAGCUUACAAAAAUCGAGGGGCUUGAGAAUUUGACCAACUUGAAAUCAUUAGACUUAUCUUACAACAGCUGCUCAAAGAUCGAAGGAUUGGGAAAUUUGGUAAAAUUGGAGUCAUUGAAUCUAAAUGGUAAUCAAAAUAUUGGUAAAAUUGAAGGAUUGGAUUCUUUGACCAGCUUAACAUACCUUGGUCUUUCGAGAAAUCGUAUUGAAAAAAUUGAAGGGCUACAAAACUUGAAAAAUUUACGAGAACUAGAUUUGAGCCAUAAUUUAAUUUCGCAAUUCGAAAAUCUAGAGACCCAAACCCAAUUAGAACAUAUUUUUUUGGGAAACAACAAAAUUUCAGAUAUCAGUAAUUUCCCAAUCUUCUCAUCAUUAACUAGAGCUGAUUUGAAAUCUAAUGAUAUAACGGCUUUUGAUAUUGACCUUUCGAAGUUCCAAAAGUUGGAGAGUUUUGACCUUAACUUCAACCCCAUCGAAGCAUUUAAAGAACUGGUUCCAGAUUGCGUUAAAUGGACUGCAGAGCUGGAAAAAAAAGAAAAAAACUGUUCACUUUUGUUUAGCUAA